GGUCCCCCGCCACCUCCAGCUCCGGCCUCGCCUCCUUCCCCCGGGUCGGGGACCACGCCCCGGGCCGCUCCACGGCCCAGAGGUGGCCGGUGCCCAGGGAGGGUGGAGAGGAGGGCGCCGCGGGAGAGGAAGGAGAAGGGGGAGGAGGAGGAGGAGAAGGAGGAGGAGGAGAAGGAGGAGGACGAGGGAGGAGGGUGAGGGAGGAGGAGGAGGAGGAGGAGGAGGGCGAGGGAGGAGGAGGAGGAGGAGAAGGAGGACGAGGGAGGAGGAGGAAGAGGAGGGAGGAGGAGGAGGAGGAGGGAGGAGAGGGGAGGAGGAAGCAGCGGCGGAGGAGGGAAGCCUUUGGGGGUUGGUCAAGGGAAGUGCGACGUGUCUUCCCAGCCUUUUUAAAGCUCCUUCCCCGCUGCUUGCCCGGCUUCCUUCCGUCAGUCCGCCAGUCCUCCCUCCUCGGGGACCGAGCGAGUCCGGCCGCCAGUGCUGCCAUCCCGCCCCGCGCCCGUCCCGCCGCCGCCGCCGCCGCCGCCCGUGCCCCCCGCAGCAUGUCCGGGAUCAAGAAGCAAAAGACGGACACCCAACAGAAAUCCACAAAUGUGGUCUAUCAGGCUCACCACGUGAGCAGGAACAAGAGAGGCCAGGUCGUUGGGACCAGGGGAGGAUUCCGAGGCUGCACCGUGUGGCUAACCGGGCUCUCUGGUGCUGGAAAAACCACCAUCAGCUUCGCUCUGGAGGAGUACCUGGUGUCCCACGCCAUCCCUUGCUACUCCCUGGAUGGAGACAACGUGCGCCACGGACUCAACAAGAACCUCGGCUUCUCCGCCGGCGACCGGGAAGAAAACAUCCGUCGGAUCGCCGAGGUGGCCAAGCUCUUUGCCGACGCGGGGCUGGUUUGCAUCACCAGCUUCAUCUCUCCGUUUGCAAAGGACCGGGAGAACGCACGGAAGAUUCAUGAGUCGGCGGGUCUCCCCUUCUUUGAAAUCUUUGUCGAUGCCCCUCUGAACAUCUGUGAAAGCAGAGACGUGAAAGGCCUCUACAAGAAAGCCAGGGCUGGGGAAAUCAAAGGGUUCACGGGAAUUGACUCUGAAUACGAAAAGCCAGAAACCCCCGAGCUGGUCGUGAAGACCAACUUGUCGUCCGUGAGUGACUGUGUGCAGCAGGUGGUGGACUUGCUGCAGGAGCAGACCAUCGUGCCCCACUCCGCAAUCAAAGGCAUCCACGAGCUUUUCGUGCCCGAAAACAAACUGGACGCGGCCCGGGCUGAAGCCGAGAAGCUGCCUUCCUUACCCAUCACCAAGUUGGAUUUGCAGUGGGUCCAAGUGCUGAGCGAAGGCUGGGCCACGCCUCUCAAGGGCUUCAUGAGAGAGAAGGAGUUUCUGCAAGUGCUGCACUUUGACACGCUGCUGGACGACGGAGUCAUCAACCUCAGCGUUCCCAUCGUGCUCCCCGUCUCCGAGGAUGACAAGAAGCGCCUCCAGAGCUGCAGCGAGUUCGCUCUGGAAUACGAGGGGCGGAAGGUGGCCAUCCUGAGAGACCCGGAGUUCUACGAGCACAGGAAGGAGGAGCGGUGCGCCCGCAUCUGGGGGACCACCUGUGCCCAGCACCCCCACAUCAAGAUGGUGAUGGAGAGUGGGGACUGGCUGGUUGGGGGAGACCUCCAGGUCCUGGAGAGAGUCCGCUGGAACGACGGCCUGGACCAGUACCGCCUCACGCCCCUGGAGCUCAAGCAGCGCUUUAAAGAGAUGAAUGCAGAUGCCGUGUUCGCGUUCCAGCUGCGCAAUCCCGUGCACAACGGCCACGCGCUCCUGAUGCAGGACACGCGGCGGCGCCUCCUGGACAGAGGCUACAAGCACCCGGUCCUCCUGCUGCACCCCCUGGGCGGCUGGACCAAGGACGACGACGUCCCGCUCCAGUGGCGCAUGAAGCAGCACGCGGCCGUGCUGGAGGAGGGCGUCCUGGACCCCAAGUCCACCAUCGUGGCCAUCUUCCCCUCUCCGAUGCUCUACGCGGGCCCCACCGAGGUUCAGUGGCACUGCCGCUGCCGAAUGAUCGCGGGGGCCAACUUCUACAUCGUGGGCCGGGACCCUGCGGGAAUGCCCCAUCCCGAGACCAAGAAAGACCUUUAUGAGCCCACUCAUGGGGGGAAAGUGCUGAGCAUGGCCCCGGGGCUCACGUCUGUGGAAAUCAUCCCUUUCCGCGUGGCUGCCUACAACAAGACCCAGAAAUCCAUGGCCUUCUAUGACCCAGCAAGACACAAUGAGUUUGACUUCAUCUCAGGAACCCGGAUGAGGAAGCUCGCCCGGGAAGGAGAGAAUCCUCCCGACGGCUUCAUGGCCCCCAAGGCCUGGCAGGUGCUCACGGACUACUACAGGUCCCUGGAGAAGAACAACUAGGCCCCGGGCCCUCCGCUCGGCCCCCCGGGAGGGAACGAGCGCUCUUCUUCAUCUUUCCGCUUUUGUGAUUAGAGGCUGAGUAGUUGUGCUACUUUCCGACGUUGAGAGACCCUUUCUGCCCAGGUCCCCUGAGGCCCGACAUUCUGGAAGAACGGCCCGGCCCCAGACCUUGUCCACUGCCCUUCUGUGUCUCUGCUCUUUUGUGACCAGCCGAGAAGCCCGAGCCCCCUCCCCACAGGCCCAGACGCGGGACCGAAAAUCUGCCUGAGCCAAAAACAUGCUGGCCCAGAGACCAAAGGGUGUGUGUGUGUGUGUGUGUGAUUGUGUAUGUGUGUGUGUGAUUGUGUGUUUAUGUGAGUGUGUGUGACUCUGUGUGUGUGUGACUGUGUGUGUGGUCUCAGACAUGCCUGCUGCCUUUUCUGGAACUCCGACCCCCCAAAGAGCCAUGAUGUCCUCGAGGUCCUUCAGCUGCCCAAAGGUCUCCUGCUCCAAAUCCCUCUUCCUGCAGAUGAGGAAACUGAGGCCAGAGAAGGGUCCCCCCUAAGUCAGACCCCGGGUGCCUCUGUACCAGAGGGGGGCUCCUGAGCCGUGCUAUACAGUGGGCUCAAAUGUGAAUACAAAUGUGGAUUCUCUGGCCUCAUUUUGGCUUAGAAAUCAUUUUCUUUUGUUUUUACUGUAUUUUAUUCUGGUCCGACAAGCACCGCAUAAGCAGCGGCUCUGGCGGCUGUUGUGUCCUCCCUGUGCCUUUAUCCUUCCAGAGGAGCCGGAGACUCACCAAGAGCCUUGCCGGCCUUCAGAGAGCAGGAGACCCGGCUAGUGUCGAGACGUCUGUUCCAGGGUCUUUGUCACAAAAAGAGCCCUCCUAGCUCCGAGAGCAGCCGCUCGUCCCCUUGCUGUGGCUUUUGGUUUGUGCAGAGAGAGAUGGGGACGAGAAAGGGGAUCCUGGGACUUCUCUGGUUUCCCGCGUGUCUUUUCCAAAUCUGAGCCUUCGUCUCUGAAAGUUCUCACCACAAGGUGCCUCGGUGCAAACCCCGCCCGGCCGCCCGCUCGUGCUUCCGCGACGCUGUUUCUCAGUAGGAACUGCUGGCCCCUUUUUCUGGUAGCAUAUUUAUUAAAACCACGAGAAUGGGUUGAGUGCCUUAGCUGCCGUAGCUCAUGGCGUAGCGGUCCCCAAGUAGGCGCCCAACUGCUCUCGCAGCCAAUGAAUACUCCUGUACGCAGAUGAUCGCUUUUUCCUACUUUAAUAAACAUCUUGCAAAUGGAA